GCUUCCACUGGCAGAUCUUGUGGGUAGAGGGGUGGUGGAAAGUCAUUUUAGUCUGAAAACUAUUUGAUCUCUUCUCAUAAAAUAAACAGGAGCUGGGUUUUCUCACUUAAAGCACACGUUUUGAUUUUUGCAAAAAAAAUGGAAAAUAUGAACUUGGAGCCCGUUGACAUGGACCUGACAUGUGAUUUUUCUGUCAGCAGUCCUCCGUUCCAACAGAGCGCGGUGUCAGGUGGGGCUGAGCAGCAGAUGAUGCAAAUUCACCUCAGAGUCCGACCCUUUUCAAAAGAGGAGCUGGCUGCUAAUGAGGAUCAGGACUGCGUUGUGAUCGAAGACGACCAGACGGUGACCCUGAACGCACCCAAGGGCUCUGCCAACAUGAAGAGCAGUGAGAAGGGAGUUGGCUUUUCAAUCCACAAAUUCUCCUUCUCAAAGGUUUAUGGACCACAGACGACGCAAAGCGAGCUGUUCAAGGACACGGUGAGAAGCCAAGUGUUGGAUUUCUUGGAAGGGAAAAAUGCUUUGAUAUUCAGCUAUGGCGUCACAAAUGCUGGGAAAACCUUCACAAUCCAAGGAACUCAGAAGGAUCCGGGGAUCCUUCCGCGAGUGCUGGAGGCGACGUUUGAGCACAUCGGAGGUCAUCAGUACGAGGGCAUGGACCUGAAACCCUUCAUGAGGAACGGCGCACAGCGGCUGGACCCUGACCAAGUCAAGCAGGAGAGGGCCGCUAGAUCAGCCAUUCUUGCUUCGUCCAGAGAAGAAUGUGAUCAUCAAAGAGCCAGCAGUAGCUCAGAGCCGCUCAUCUCCUCUGACGGCGGCUCUUCAUCGCUCUCUUCAUCCGACGAUCCAUCAGUGUUCUCCAGCAACCCGGCAGAAGCCGCCGGCGACCAGUUCGCCCUGUGGGUGGCGUUCUUCGAGAUCUACAACGAGUGCGUGUAUGACCUCCUCCAGCCGUCCCUGUCCAGGAAGCGCUCCACUCUUCGUGUGUGUGACGACGGAGCCGGAAACGCUCACGUGAAAGACCUCAGGUGGGUCAACAUCCAGAAUCUGAGCGAAGCCAACAAGCUGCUCCAGAUUGGGAAUAAAAACCGAAGCGCUGCAGCCACCAAGCUGAACGAGUCCUCCAGCAGAAGCCACAGCAUAUUCACCUUGAAGUUACUGACCAUUGCGGAACGAACGGUGAAAAGGAUUUCUGAGUUCUCCCUCUGCGACCUGGCGGGUUCGGAAAGAUGCAACAAAACGAAGACCUUUGGAGACCGACUAAAGGAGGCCAGGAGUAUCAACAACUCCCUCCUUAUUUUGGGGAAAUGCAUCAGCGCGCUCCGAAACAGUCAGACUGACAGAACGAAGGUCGGCUGCAUUCCUUUUCGGGAAAGCAAGCUCACCAAGCUCUUCCAGGCCUUCUUCUGCGGCAAAGGAAGAGCCUCCAUGAUCGUCAACAUCAACCAAUGCGCGUCCACCUACGACGAGACCCUCCACGUUAUGAAGUUCUCCGCGGUCGCCAAACAGGUGGUGCAGGUGAUCCCGGACAAGCGUGUGGAGUCUCCGGCCCCUUUCCUGGUUGGUCGGGAUGGGAAGCCCCUGUUGAGGAACGGCGUGAUGGACAAUCAGGCGCUAGAGAGCUACUUGUCUGAAGACGAGCUGCUUGAUGAAGAGGAUGAGGCGGACAUGUCUGUGCUGCCGACGAAUGAGCUUCUGAACAUAAUCGAGAACCUACAAACGAAACUUCUUGCCGAGCGGAGGAAGAACCUGGUGAAGGAAAUGGAAAUCCGUAAAGAGAUGGGGGACGCCAUGUUGCAGCAGUUCUUUGAAAGCGAAGAACUUCGCCUUCGGCAGAUUGAGGAGGUGAAAGAGAUGGAGGCCGAAAAACUGGAGAAAACGUUUGAGAUGUUCCGGGAAGCGGUCAAGGAGCACGCUUACCAGUGCGCCAUGAACGACCUGGAGGACGACUACGUCCCGCUUGACGAGUUCACCGCUGAACAGGAGGAAGCUGAGGCCCUCCGGCGUAAAGUGUCAGAGUUGGAGGAAUUGUUGUCCAGCAAUAGAGGCGCGGCGCCGGUUCCAGCAGUGGAGAAGUGGUGCCAAACAGAACCGUCUCCAGAGGCAGCAGAUGAUCGAUGCAAACGUCUUUACCAGGAGAAAUGUGUCCUUGAGAGGGCGUGUGAGGAUAAGCAACAGUUGGUUUUAUCUUUAGAGAAGAGGCUGAUCGAUCUAAGUCAAACUCUGGAAGAUGUCAGGGAUAGUUUUCUGGUGAAAUCGGAUGAGGUGGAGGCUCUGCAGAGAGAGGCUGCCCAACAGUCCAAAUCCAUGGAAGACGUCCUGCGGCAGAAUGCUGAAAAGGACAAGGAGAUCGCCUCGCUGACGACUCAGAUUGAAAAGCUCUCCCAGAGCCUCCCCGAACAGCCCAAGGCCAAGAGAGGCCUUCUGGCCAACAUCAAGAUGGCCGUCGCAUCACCUCGGAAGGGAACGCCCAGCCGCAGUCUCAGGAAAACUCCAAAGACUCCCCAAAAGUGAAGAGCCCAGCGUCUGUGCUUUCUACAACUGGUUUUAGGAAAUGGACUUUGUUUUUAGAUGAGCAGCAAAAUGUGGGAGUUUCUUUAAGAACGUCUCUACAGAACUCCUAAAAUUUUAUUUCCAGAUGGUUUUAUUUUUGCAUUUUAAAUUGUUAAUAAAAUUCUAUUGUUGA